AUGGGCCAUAAAUCGUCGCUGACAGGCGAGUUCCUUCAGAUGGACCACACGUUCCGCGUGGCCAAGUUCGGCAAGGAUGCCAACGGCGAGAGGGAGUACAACUGCAUGGCAACAACCAUGAACAAGCACCAGGAGGCGUUCGGAGAAGCGUCCGAGUCGGACGACGCUGGUGCGCCGAGCAGCGAAUGGCCCAUCGAGUCGCUCUCCAGCAUCAAGUUCAGCGACGGUCUCUUCAUGUUUCUUGCCAACGGCUUGGUGAACCUCCCGCGCGAUCCCAGCAACAACCACCAGGCCACAUUGAAGGCUGCGUUGUACCUGGCGCAACGCAGCCCCAAGUUCCGGGACGUCGUCUCGGCCCAUCGCUCGGGCCGCUGCACCCGGGCGCAGCUGUUUGCCGCAUGCGAACAAGUCUCCGAGGCGAUCGACGCAGAAAUCAAUUGCUUCAUCGAGCAACGCGACGCAGAGGCCAAAGCCACUGGGUCGUCGACGCGGAAGCGGCAACGGACAAGCCAACGGUCCAUCUCCGACGCGGUCCAGCUCCUUAAGAAAGCGCGCCACAGUCAAAACCAGAUCAGCCACCGCGAACCAGACGACGGGUCUGAUGUCGUCGUCCAUGUAUGA